AUGACUGAGAAACGAUCGCUGGUUGAUGAAUUACACUCUGCAGCGAGAAGAAAUUUUCCAAGAAGACGCGUCAUAGUACAUAGAUACGAUGACCUGUGGCAGGCGGAUGUGGUUGAGAUGCGUCCGUAUACACGCUGCAACAGAGGUUACCACUACAUUCUCACCGUUAUCGAUGUGCUGAGUAAGCACGCGUGGGCCGUACCACUCAAAGCCAAGAGCGGGAACGAGGUGACAAAAGUGAUUGCAAAGAUAAUUCGAGACGAUGGAAGAUGUCCGAAAAAUUUGCAGACUAACAGAGGAAAGGAAUUUUACAACUCGAAUGUGCAGAAACUCUUGAAGAAAUACAACAUCAAUCAUUACUCUACAUAUUCUGUAAUGGUUCAAUCGUACGUUGAAGAAUGA